UUGCAUUUUUUUUGUCAUGAGAUAUUUGCUUUUACCCCCAAAACCAGUGUGAACUAACUAUUAAUGCACGCUCCUUUGUUUCUCAUUUCCCUUUCAAUUGUUGCCUUUUCCAUCUUCUUUUUGCAACCUGUAGAAUAUGACAAGUGCGGGAACCAGAACGGAACCAGGUUCAUGUUGGUGGAAAAGGGGUUGCUUAUAUACGGUGGUUCUUGGAGGUUCCUACAGCACAUCGUAUCCACACAUCGUGCUUUCACUGCCUCAACCACCAGCAUCCAUACGUGGCUCAGAGCACUGGGAUCUCCUGUUUUCUGCUACAUUCACUGGACAAGGACCGCUGAAAGCGUUUCUCACACCAGCUCUGAAACGAACAAACAAAAAGAAUGAAGGGCACCAUAAUAAUGUUUUGCCUCGUUGGAGCAGUUCUUGCCAAUCCAAUUUCAUUCAACGCUGUUUCAGAAUCAAAUGAGCUUGACUCAAACUCGACUGAAAGUUUGUCUGUUUCACAAUCAGCCGAAAAUAACACCUCAGAGAUUCAGAGCUCUGAAGAGAGUAUCUCAAAUCAAAGUACAAGCUCAGAGUCCGAAUCUUUAGAGACAACAUCAGAGGACAAGACUUCAGAGGAGACUUCAGAGGAGACUUCAGAAGAGAGUAACAGUCAGUCAGAUGAGGAUGAUGGGUCUGACUCUAUGGCUGAAACCAGAGAUGAUACUAUGACCAGCGAGGAGAACGUACGAAAGGUUCAAGUGUUUGCAAGCGUCAUCAAAGAGCUGAGUGCAGAGGACAACAGCAGCAGUACAGAGGUCAAGGGUCAGUCAGAUGAGCUGAUGGAGAAACAGCCAGCUCUCACCUCCAUCAGCACCGCAUUUAAACAGGGGAGCGACACAAACCUACAGCUGGUGGUGAAUCCCACUGACAGCAGCGACACCACCAGCGACAGCUCAGACACCAGUGAAGUUACUGCUGUGCCCACCAGUGAGAGCAGUGAGAGCAACAGCAGUGAAAGCAACGAGACCAAUGACACCAGUGACAGCAGUGAUGCCAGCAAGAGCGCGGAGGACAGCAAUGCCAGUGACAGCACCGAGCUGGAACAAAUCAAAACCCCAGACUGUGUGAAUGGAACCCAGAGCUGUGAAAGUGAGGAGUAUUUCUUCCAGGAUAUAGGAGACGACGCUCAUCACUCAGUGGACAAUCUGAUGGUGCCAGAUGACGAUGAAAGGGAGUUAAGUCUAAGGAGAUGAUGACGAGCACAAGUGCAGCUCUGUGUUUCCCCACUAUGAACUACAACACCAUUAAGCGACCUGCCUGAAGACUUCAGGAUGAUAUAUUUUCUCUAGCCCAUCGCUUCUGAAUGUUGAUUUUGGCAUUGUAGUGUUACCUGCAGUCAGUUCACUCAUUUGUGUGUGUGUGUGUGUGUGUGUGUGUGUGUGUGUGUGAUUAUUGUUGUGACAUUGGUGUAGCCUAAGCAUUACUUUGUAUUGAUAAUAAUAAACAUGAUAUAAUCAUAUGG